AACUUGUUAAAUAAAUAUCCACCCCAUUGAGUUGGUUUGUUUUUAAAUCAUUGAGCCACACUACUGAUCAUAUAGUGGCUUGAUGAUCACUUUUACCAUCCCUCCCCUCUUAAACUUGUUCUAGUGCUUGAUAGAUAGAACAUUUACCAUGAUGUCAGUGAAAAAUUUUCCUGAAGAAUGCUGGGAAUUGGUGUUCAGAUUCAUUGGCCAUGGUCGUCAUUUGGAAUCUCUAUCUUUGGUUUGCAAGCAGUUCCUUUCCAUCACAAACCGGCUUCAAUUUUCUCUCACAAUACAUGAUCCAACCAUUCCAGUCCUUCCUAGGCUACUCCUGAGGUUUCCAAGGCUCAGAAUCUUAGACCUCAGUCACUUGAAUAGCCACCAUGAAGGCUUGCUUCGUCAAAUUUCACAAUCCGGUUUGGAACUUGAUUUGCUUAAUCUGUCCAACCAGAGAACACUUCCUGUUGAUGGCUUGCGAGAACUCGGCUCAAAGAUGAAAAAUUUGAGGGUGCUGAUCUGCUCAAACAUUGGUUCUCUUCGCGAUAGCCAUCUUGUAGUCAUGGCUUAUUGUUUCCCAUUUCUCGAAGAGCUUGACAUAAGCUUCCCAUUGGAUUCUCAAGCAUCUGAUUUUGGGGUGCUAAGGCUGUCUUCAAUGCUUGAGAAUCUUCGCAAGAUUAAUAUCUCUGGUAAUUACUUGAUCACUGAUAAAUCCUUGUUCUCUCUAUGCCAAAACUGUUUGUCAUUGCAAGAGAUUUCAUUCUUCACCUGUUUUAAGAUCACUCAAUUAGGCAUUGCCUCCGCGAUCCGCCUCAGACCCGGUUUGAAUUCCAUUUCCUUUAACAUUGAAAAGAAAAGAAUACAUGGACCUGGUUUAACACUCGCCCCCAUUGACUUGGAUUUGAUUGAUUCAUUCAGCAGUUUGAAAAGGUUAACUGCUAUUGAUUUGUCAAAUUCUGUUAUCUCGGAUGAGUUUCUCUUUGCAGUUGCAGAAGGUGGAGGUCUUCUGCUAAAGAAACUUAUCCUCCAAAACUGCUGCAAUUGCACAUUUUCAGGAAUCUCUUAUGUGCUAUCCAAAUGUCAAUCUGUUCAAUGCUUGGAUCUUCGGAAAGCUGAUUUUUUAACUGAUCAAUGUAUCCGCAAGUUAUCUCUAUUUCUUCUUAACUUAACUUCUAUAAACCUUAGUGGUUGUUGCCAGCUGACCAAUUCAACAUUUUUCAUACUCACAAGAAACUGUUCUUCGCUCAGUGAGAUCAAAAUGGAGAGAACAUAUCUUGGGGUGGAAGGGGAAGAAGAAGAAGAAGAUUCAAUGCCAGAUUCUUUUGUCAACCUUGAAGUGAAAAAACUUUAUUUGGGUGAUAAUGUUUUGCUGAGUGAUGCAAGUCUGAUAAAAUUUGUUUCCAUUUGCCCCAGUUUGCAGCUUCUUGACUUAACCGGUUGCGAGGGUGUUUCUGGUGAAUGUAUUGGUGAUGUUUUGAAGAGAUGCUGUGAGAUAAGGCAUUUGAACCUGGCCUAUACAGGAAUGAAAGUGUUUGAGAUGAUGGACUUUGAAGUUUCCCAACUUGAGGUGUUGAACUUGUCAGGGUCAAGAAUUGAGGAUGAAGCACUUUCAAUAAUCUCAAAGAGGUGUAGUGGACUACUACUUCUGGAUAUCCAGAGUUGCUGGCAUGUUACACCAAAGGGUGUAGGUGAAAUAGUUGAAAAAUGCAGGACGUUGAAAGAGUUGAAUCUAAAGAAUUGUAGGUUGGUGAGUGAUGAUUUUGUUGCUUGGGUGGAGAUUUCAAGACCAUCAUUGAGAACAAUAACAACACCUUCUGAUGUUGGUGUUUAUUGCUGAAUCAAUUAGCUGAGGAAACUCAUUGUACUUGCCAGUGUUAAGGAUCAUGUGCGUUAAGAGUAGAGCUAUUUUAACAACACAUGCUCACAAAGAAAGGAACAAAAAGAAGAUGGAUGAUAUGAUAGAAAGAAAUAAGAAAAAAUGUAUGUGUUUUACGAGAAUGUAUUGUUAGAACAGCGUUGCACUGUUAGUAGCAUUCUUAUGAUAAGUUGCAAGCUGUGUGUGAUUCUUUUCGUUAUUGUUGUUUUUUUGUGAUUGAGGAAAAAGUUGAGGAAUGUAACAUUAAUGUUGGGAAAAAGAUGAGGCAUGUAACUCUACAAAAAAAAAUUAAUAAAUUAAACUCUACAAAUAA